AUCUUUUUCUUAACCUCUUCUACAACAUCGCAUACACUGCAGUCCACAGAUUUACAAUACUCUACCAAUCAGACACUUAAAUAAAUCAGUGUCAGUCUUUUCGAAAUCUCCCAAGUCGAAUAUGUCAGGUCAUCACCACCACCACGAUCACGGCGGCCAUUGCCACGGAGAAGACGGCCAUGACCAUUCCAACGACAUCACCCCCGCAAUUCAAUCUCUCCUCUACUCUCAAAUCCAGUUUGACUCGAUCACUACAUUAAACGAGGCCAGUCCCAAGUCCGGCGCGGCGAUUGUCAAGAAAACAUGGGCCGAAAGGCUCGAUGAUGAGCCGGAGCUGGAGAGCGACGCAGACGAACAGCUGCUGAUGUAUAUUCCGUUCACCGGCCAAGUUAAAGUUCACUCCCUCCUUAUAUACACCGCUCCCACCCCAUCUGCCCCGAAGACCCUAAAGCUAUUCAAGAAUCGCGACGACCUGGACUUCGGAACAGCUUCGGACCUAAAGCCCACGCAGACAGUCGAGAUACCCCAACCUAUGCCGGGCGCAGAUGUUUUCGAGUUGCCACUGAACCGGGCGCAUUGGAAUGCGACUACCUCCAUCACUCUGUUCUUCGAGGAUAACUGGAGUGAUGGGGAAGAAGACGUCACCAAGGUCGGGUAUAUUGGUUUCAAGGGACAAUUCAUGGUGCUGAAUAGGGAGCCGAUCAGUUUCUUGUAUGAGGCGGCCGCAAAUCCGGGUGAUCAUGUUGCUAUCCAGGGUGUGAAUGGGGUGGGGAGCAGGAUCCUGUGAGCGGGAGUAAUAUGGAUCGGAUUUCAGUAUUUGUUUGAACAUGGGGCGGCCAUAUGUUGGUCUGGAAUGUAUGAGGUCUGUGACAGACUGGAAUGAUUGAUCAGAAGCUACGGAUACUGCCUUGGGUAUUGAGCUGGGCUCUAUCAAGAUAAUGCACGCCAAUCCAUGUUUCGACGGUCUAGUUGCUAGCGUUCAAAUAGCGAAACAUAUCU